UGACUAUUCAUGCAAUGCUAAGCACUUCAAUUAUAUACCAAACAAUUCUUUAAACUUUAAAGAUGCAAAUAAUUUGUAGGAUGCAAUGGAAUUUGAAUCAAGAACACACAUGUGCACAUGAGAUCUGAGAUUUUCCCAUUUCUUUAUUUCUUGUUUUAUAUUUUUUAUGUUUCUUUUUUUUUUUUUUUUAGCAAACUAAAUUUGGUAGAGGAAAUUGAGAGAUAGGGCAAUCAGAUAUGGGGCCAUGAGCGUUGAAUGAAGUUGGAAACUUGUCCUGUAGAAUAUUCAAAUUGAAGGAAACUGAGAAAAAUCAGAUGCUUUAGAUCUGUUUAUCCAUCAGAUCCUAUACACGAUAUAUAAGAAAAAUGAUGGCUGGAAAUGGGCUAUUUUACCCAAUUCUCGGUUUUGCCUCCUGUGUGGCAUUCAUUUACAUGUCUUUUGGUGACUUGAUGCUUACUUAUCAUCAAGAACCAGAGUUAGCUUUUGUGACUAGAAAUGGAACCCAGUUUAUGGUGGAUGGUAGGCCCUUUUACAUUAAUGGAUGGAAUUCUUAUUGGUUGAUGGACCAUUCUGCGGAAGAUGAUAGGAAACCCAGGGUUAGUGCAAUGCUGGAAGCUGGUGCUAAGAUGGGUCUCACUGUUUGUCGAACAUGGGCCUUCAAUGAUGGUGGCUACAAUGCUCUCCAGGUUUCCCCAGGUCGAUUAGAUGAGCGGGUCUUCAAGGCCUUGGAUUAUGUCAUUGCAGAAGCAAGACAACAUGGAAUCAGGCUGCUUCUCUGUUUAGUUAAUAACUUAAAGCCAUAUGGUGGGAAAACACAGUAUGUUAAGUGGGCAUGGGAAGAAGGCAUUGGUUUGAGCUCUUCGAAUGAUUCUUUCUUCUUUGAUCCAACCAUCAAAAGAUAUUUCAAGAACUAUGUAAAGACUUUGUUGACUAGAAAAAACACCAUCACGGGGAUUGAAUAUAGGAACGAUCCCAGCAUCUUUGGAUGGGAGUUGAUGAAUGAACCUCGUUGCAUGUCUGAUCCUUCAGGUGACACUCUCCAAGACUGGAUCGAAGAAAUGUCAGCAUUUGUGAAAUCUAUCGACAAGAACCAUCUGCUGACUGUGGGCCUGGAAGGAUUUUAUGGUCCCAAAAACCCAAAGAGGUUAACUGUGAACCCAGAAGAUUGGGCAUCAACCUUUGGAUCUGAUUUUGUUCGCAACUCCAAGGUCCCAGACAUUGAUUUUGCCUCUGUCCAUAUAUACCCUGAUCAUUGGAUUCAUGAUCGAACGUUUGAAGAGAAGCUGACAUUUGUGUCCAAGUGGAUGCUUUCUCACAUUGAAGAUGCUCAUUAUGAUCUAAGAAAGCCGGUCUUUUUCACUGAAUAUGGAUUCUCUAAUCUGACCAAUGACUUCCAGCAUUCUCAACGUGAGCAGUUUUACAAAACUGUUUUAGACAUUAUCUAUAAAUCCGCAAAGAGAAAACGAGCUGGGGCAGGUGCAUUGGUCUGGCAAUUGUUUGUCGAAGGAAUGGAAGAGUUCAAUGAUGAUUUUGGGAUUGUCCCUUGGGAAAGAUCAUCAACAUACAGGACUUUUACCAAACAAUCAUGCAGGUUAGCCAGAAUCCAGGGAACUCUUCUGCAAAAUCAAAUUUUUAGAGAGUUGUGUUUGCAGAGACGGUGAAAAUGAGUUCUGUUAAAAUGUUUAAAAUCUGUGGGAAAAUGUUUCUCAUUCGUUGUGCUGUUUCGCCCUGGGAAGAAAUGUGGGUCACUUUUUGCUUUCAUAUUCUUGAUUCUACACAAAUUAUGUAACUCGUGUUGGGUUAGACAAGUGUAGGUACAUUGCAGCAGAGAUUAUAGAUACUGCUGCAAGAAUCUGUGUUCAAGAGCUUGCUAUGAGAGAUAUAUGUGUUGAAAUCUCAGAGAGUGCAGUUAGGUUAGGGAUUCUGUUUGCCUGUAUAUCAAUUUUAGCUGUGAUGAUUUCGGGAUUGCAAAUUAAAGGUUAAAUUAUCUCA